AUGCAAAAUAGAUUUGAAAUGGCUCCAGAACAAAAAAAUGAUGAAAUUCAACAGGAGGAUUCUUGGGCAUUAAUUGGUACGUAUUUCCGUGAUAGAGGAUUAGUAAACCAACAGUUAGAAAGCUUUAAUGACUUUAUUAUGUACAAGCUACAGGAAAUAGUUGAUGAACAUCCACCAAUAAUUAUUACUCCUCAAUCACAAUAUAGACCUGAUGAACAGAUAGAUACAAAAGUACGAUAUGUCCUUAAAUUUGGUCAGCUUUCUCUAAGUAGGCCAUCAGUCGAGGAGAGGGAAGGAGUAGCCAGGGGUUUGUGGCCAAAUGAGGCACGUCUUAGAAAUCUGACAUAUUCUAGCCCUGUAUUUGUUGAUGCAGAACAGAAAGUUUACAGAGUUGAAGACGAUGGCUCUGAGACUUUAGUUCAUGAGACGGUUUACUCCAGGCUACCACUUGCAAAAAUACCAAUAAUGCUUCGUUCAGAAUACUGUUGGACACAUAACAUUAGUGAGCGAGAGCUUCAGAGUGCGGGAGAAUGUGUAUAUGAUCAAGGUGGAUAUUUUAUCAUUAAUGGAAUGGAGAAAGUAUUAGUGGGACAAGAAAGAAUGGCAAAUAAUUUUGUGUAUUUAUUUCAAAAAAAUCAACCUUCAAAAUAUACAUGGAUUGCCGAAAUAAGAAGCAAUAGGGAGGGCAUGCAAGCUACUUCGGGAUUUUCUGUGAAACUUAGAGGAUCAGAUGGAAACCAGGGCCAGAUUGUUGCAACUUUACCAUAUAUCAGAACAGAUAUUCCAAUCGCAAUAUUGUUUAGAGCUCUUGGGGUUUUAUCAGAUAAGGAUAUUCUUUCCAGGUGUGUUUAUGAUUUUAAUGAUACUCAAAUGCUCGCGUUAUUAAGGCCUUCACUAGAAGAGACUUUUGAAUUCUUUAGCCAAGAUGUUUGUUUAGAUUUUAUUGGUAAGAGAGGACCUACCGUUGGGGCUGCUAGAGAGAAACGUAUCCAAUAUGCGAAAGAACUUUUUGAAAAAGAGCUUCUUCCUCAUGUUGGUGUAACAAGUGGUAGUGAAUCACGUAAGGCAUAUUUCAUCGGGUAUAUGGUUCACAAGCUAUGUUUGGGAGCACUUGGGCGUGUCCCAGAGGAUGACCGUGAUCAUUUUGGAAAAAAACGUUUAGAUUUGGCAGGGCCAUUGGUUGCUGCAUCUUUUGGGCAAUGUUUUAGGAAAAUGAUGAAAGAUGUUCGUAGACUUCUUCAAAGGAACAUUGAUAAUGGAAAAGAGUUUGAUGUCGCAGGGGUAAUCCGUUCUGCAUCAUAUAUUACACAAACCAUUCAGUAUCAAUUCGCAACUGGAAAUUGGGGAAAGGAUAAGGAUGGAAAAAUCAUCAGAACGGGGGUUUCUCAAGUAUUAAGUCGCCUUACUUUUACAUCUGCACUUUCUUAUUUAAGACGUUUGAACACGCCAUUGGGACGCGAAGGAAAGUUCGCAAAACCUCGGCAACUUCACAAUACCCAUUGGGGUAUGAUUUGCCCUGCAGAAACUCCAGAGGGGCAUUCAGUAGGGCUUGUAAAGAAUUUGGCACUAAUGUGCGAAAUUUCAGUUGGAUAUAGGCCUUAUGCAAUCAGAACAUUCUUAGAUGAGUGGGGUAUGGACUCUAUUGAUGAAAUUCCCCCUGAGGGAAUAAAAAGAAAAAUUAAGGUAUUUUUAAAUGGGAAUUGGGUAGGCUGUUUCGAUGACUCCGAAGAUUCUAUUUCAAAUUUAAGAAUGAUUAGAAGAAGUGGCGAAAUACCAUAUGAAACUUCUAUUGUACUAGAUGUUGUUAACAGAGAGGUUAAGCUGUUUACAGAUUCAGGGCGUUCGAUGCGUCCUUUAUAUAUUGUCGGCGAAGACGGAGAUCUAAAAAUAAAAAAGUCUCAUAUUAAUUCAUUACUAAACGAGAAUUCAGGGUUUGAUGAGAAGAUGGAGGAUGAAAAACAUGACUAUACAUGGGAUGACCUCGUAAAUACAGGGAUUAUUGAAUACAUAGACUGUGAGGAAGAAGAAACGUCAAUGAUUGCGAUGUUUAUUAACGAUUUAAGAAUUGAUAGAGGUUAUUGCAGUACAUAUACUCACUGCGAAAUUCACCCAUCACUAAUUUUGGGGGUCUGUGCAAGUAUCAUUCCUUUCCCAGAUCAUAAUCAAAGUCCGAGAAAUGUUUACCAAAGUGCUAUGGGUAAGCAAGCUAUGGGAGUUUAUACGAGUAAUUACAAUGUAAGAAUGGAUACUUUGGGUUAUGUUCUUUACUAUCCACAAAAACCUUUAGUUACAACACGUGCUAUGACAUACAUGAGAUUCCGUGAGUUACCUGCUGGAAUUAAUUGUAUUGUUGGGAUUAUGUGUUAUUCGGGAUACAAUCAAGAAGAUAGUUUAAUAAUGAAUCAAUCUUCUAUAGACAGAGGACUAUUUAGAUCUGUAUUUUUUAGAACAUAUGUUUCAGAAGAGAAACAAGUUGGAAGCAACUUAAUUGAAGCGUUUGAACUUCCAAACCCCGAAGAAGUAAGUGGUUUGAGAUUUGGCAAUUAUGGAAAUUUGGAUCUUGAUGGUUUAAUUGAACCAGGAAAUCGAGUUUUAGGUGAUGAUAUUAUUAUUGGAAAAGUAGGGCCCAUAAACCCAGAGGACCGUGACACUCGUAUUCAAAAACUUACAAAAAGAGAUUGUUCAGUUGGAAUUCGAACAUCCGAACAUGGCGUUGUGGACGAAGUUUUAUUAAGCACAAAUAGCAAGGGAGUUAAAUUUACAAAAGUUAAAGUUAGGACAAUUAGAAUACCUCACGUCGGAGAUAAAUUUGCAUCUAGACAUGGCCAAAAGGGUACAAUUGGUAUAACAUACAGAACUGAGGAUAUGCCUUUUACUCAAGAUGGGAUUAUUCCGGAUAUUAUUAUGAAUCCUCAUGCUAUUCCUUCACGUAUGACGAUUGGCCAUUUAAUUGAAUGUCUUCUUGGUAAAGCAUGUGCAAUUCAAGGAUUGGAAGGUGAUGCGACUCCUUUUACAAAAAUUACAGUUGAAGAGAUAUCUAACCGUUUGCAUAGUUCUGGAUUUCAAAAAAAUGGAAAUGAAGUAAUGUACAAUGGCCACACGGGAAAGAGAUUAGAGUCGAGAAUAUUUAUUGGACCAACUUAUUAUCAGAGAUUAAAACAUAUGGUUGAUGACAAAAUUCAUGCUAGAGCUAGAGGAGCUGUAACAAUGUUAACGAGACAACCAAGAGAAGGAAGGGCAAGAGAAGGUGGACUUAGGUUUGGAGAAAUGGAGCGUGAUUGUAUGAUAUCUCAUGGUUCAGCAAAAAUGUUGAAAGAAAGACUUUUUGAUCAGUGCGAUGCUUAUAGAGUACAUAUUUGUGAAAUGUGUGGUCUUAUUUGCAUUGCAGAUCUGGGGAAGCAACAUUUUGAAUGCAAUGCGUGCAACAACAAGUCCCAAAUUAGCCAGAUUUGCCUCCCUUAUGCAUGUAAACUACUACUUCAAGAGUUAAUGGCGAUGUCAAUUUAUCCUCGUUUACACUUACAAACUGCAUAA